GGUGCAGCUAAAUCCGAUGCGUUUAACAAUGCGAAUUACGAUCAGGAUCCUGAAAGGCAGAACUGUACACCGCCAUCACUUUGCAACGUGGAAAAAAUAUUCUGUGGUUUUUCUUUGAUGAAUCGAUGAUGCUCUUCAAAAUCAUCACUACUCCCUAUUCCCUCGAAGAGAAACGCCAAGAAAAUACAUGAAAGCAUUUUGAGAUUUCUCCAUCGGAAUCAGUUAAAACGAAACAGAAAGGAUUCUAAGAAAGCCAAACGCGGGGUGGAGCUAAGCGGCAAGUAAAACCCAUAGACGGAGCUCGACACAAUGCAUAUGUUGGGCAUGUAAGAGAAGGAUCUACUUUCCUGAUCCGUCACACGAAGUGUUUGUCUAAAGGCAAGAGUAACGGAGUCGAUGAAAACAAUAAUCACACCGAGUGAGAUCUGCUCUGCUUCAACACGAGCAGUCAAGACACGUAGGUUGUACGGAUUUGUCUGCCAGCUGCACAGCGGGCGCAUUUGUCAAAGGAGAUUGCUUAUAGUGCCGACGAUCAGAAGGCUUUAUCUCAAUCACCUUAAUGAAGGACGCUAUGGAUGACCACGCAGUCUGGUCUUUUCUGUAGGAUGGUAGAACCUAUUAACGUGGAACGCAAUGAAGCAGAAGAGCGCGACAGAGUCCAGCAGUUGGCAGAUAAUAUACAGCCCAUUCGGCACAGACCCGACAGCCGUGAAUGUCAAACACAUUUCCCACUUUUCAGGAACCAGAACGAUUUCAGCAUCAUCAGCAUGACUACAUCAAAGCUGGAGGAAAGUGGCUUCUAUUGGCAUUCCAUAAAUGCCGAAAAGGCUCAGCUGCAUCUCAAGGACCUACCUGUGGGAAGUUUCCUGAUCCGAGACAGCAGCCGGAAGGACUACUUCUUCACACUGAGUUACAAAUCUUCGUCCGGGCCUGUCAAUAUCCGCAUCAGUUUCCAGGGAUCGCGUUUUAGCUUGAAUGGGAGUAAGGAGACUUUUGAUUCUCUAUUCAAACUGUUGGAACAUUACGUUAAGAAGAAGAUUUUGACCAAGCCUUGCAGAAGAGUGAAGGUACAGUCCCUCCAAGAGUUGUGUCGGAAAAGGAUUAUUGAAACAUGGGGCGCACAGAAAAUAGAGAGUAUCCCACUGGCCGCUGUCCACCAAAAAUUUUUGAAAUCUUUUCCAUACCCUUUGUAAUGGUACGGAUGGACGCCUGGGGAACAUUUGACAAGUUACUAGUUGCUACUCUGUUGCAAUGUUUUAGGAAAUCUCGUAGCAAACCAAUACACUCAAUUUCAAUCGUUUACGUCUGUCAAUGUUUACACUAUGCAGGGCACUCGCUGUUCUGUAGGCGUACAUCUGCUAUGCAGACCAAUAUAUUUUUAUAUUUUCAUAAAGAAAAUAAAUUUUGUUUUGAAAAAAAUAA